GGAACUUUAAACACUUUUAUUUGUCAUGACAGGAAGUAAGUGUCCUGCACUUGAAACCCCGCCCAAUGCCAUGCUGAACCCCGUCCAAUCAGAAUACUCCUUCAAAGACCACGUCCUGUUCACCUGUUCACCGGGAUACAGGCUGCUGAAGGACGGAGAGACUCUGGAUCAUUACCAGUUGGACUGUCAGUCUGACGGCUCGUGGAGCAGCAGUCCUCCUCUCUGUUACAAAACAGACUCUGGGAGGAAGAGGCGGGCUCUGUCCACUAUCUUAACCAAUCACAGUCCAGAUUAGGCACAGAGUGAUUCUGAUUGGCUGAUAGAGUAACUCUAGGAACAGCCUAUACGUGUGUCUGUAGUUUAAAAUUAUUUCCUAAUAAAACAAAAUGAACAACAGAUCCUGCAGUCG